UUUGAAGGGGAAAAAAAAUGGGCUCUAACAACAACAAAACUAAUAUCCAGACUGAGAAGUACUUGUUUGGGGACAUGUUAGGAAGAGGAAAAUUUGGCCUAGUGUUCAAGUGUACUGACAAGAAGAAUGGAACUCCAAGAGCCAUCAAGAUUCAAACCAUUGAAAAUGGGAAACGUGAAGUGCGCAUGAUGCAGCUGAUCCAAAACCUUGACAAACACAAUGUGAUCAAGUUCUAUGAGACAUUCCAAGAUGAUCCACAUGUCCACAUUGUAUUAGAGUUGCUGGAUGAGAGUCUUGAUACCUUUCUGAAGAAGAAUCGUUGUCUCACCCUAAUACAAAUAAGGCCUAUCUUGAAACAGAUUCUUGUGGCCUUAAAGGCCUUAAAUGAAGUUGGCAUAAUUCACACUGACAUAAAACCGAGCAAUAUUAUGCUGGUAAACCAUGAAAACCAACCAUUCAGAGUCAAAUUAAUUGACUUUGGUGUGGCUUUACUUAAAUCGGAUGUAAAGGCUGGCAUACAGGUUCAACCUCCAUGUCUGAGGGCUCCAGAAGUGAUCUUAGGCCUCAAAUUUACAGAGGCCAUUGAUAUGUGGUCACUAGGAUUGACGUCAGCAUGCUUGUUACUGGGACAUCACCUGUACCGUGUACGCUAUGAUUAUGAUUUGUUGCAAGGUAUCCUUUAUUCUUGUGGUACACUACCAGCAGACAUGCUGAAUAAGGGACUAUAUACCAAGAAGUUCUUCAAAAAACACAGAGAUGUCUGGAGGCUCAAAACUCCAUCAGAAUACUCUGGCAACAUAGUGGGAGAUAAACUAAAGAAUCCUUUCAUAAAACUGGAAAAGAUAAAACAGUUAUACAUAACUGAAAAUGACUCUGAGCGUCAAGACCUGAAUGAGUUUCUGGACCUGCUGGAUAAAAUGCUUCAAACUGACCACAGAAAAAGGAUCACACCCACAGAGGCACUGCAGCACAAUUUCCUGACCAUGGAACACCUGGAUGAAGGCUGUGAUUACACAAAAAAGGCUUUCUUAACUAUGAAGUUCAGUACACCCAAUGAUGGCAAACCUGUAGACACAGAUUCAUGUGAUGGAGCACAAGUUACUGGUUUGGCAAGAAUCCCAACCUUCUUCUCUAGUGUAUUCACAACAAUUUUAAAGCCUUUAAGGAUGAUCCAAUAUUUCUGCAUCAGAAAUUUAUGCCGCUGCCCCAUUGAGGGCAGUGGGACCCGUCAGGCCACAUAUCCAUUUCACGGCACUUCAGGUAGGGAUCCCGAAAGAGACGGCUAUAUGGCCGGUAACCAUAGGGACACUGUAGACACAAGUCAAUCUGGCAGAGUCCCAAAUUCAUGUUUUAGAAGCAAUUUAUUCCCUGCUGACACCAGAGAUGGACUUGGGGAAAAACUUUGGAGAAACAUCAAAAAUUUCUCCUCUACCAUGUUCAGGAUGCUCUACAACCCUUUAAAGAAAAUCAGAAAUUACUUCUUGGCUGGUCUUUGA